GUCUAUCAAAGUUCGACACUAUUGUUUCAAUAUAUAUUUUGUGAAUUUGUUGUAAUCUAAAAUAUACGUGAAUUCAACAAAUUUGGUUUCGUAUAAAUUAUUUAUAUACAUACAUAUGUGUUAUUGCUUAUAUAAUGCCACGAGUCAUAGUAUAUAAUACCAAUGCAGAUAAGCAAGUACGUGACUUCAAGGAAUUAGCUCCGGACGCUCAAGAACUGAUAAGAGCAGCUAUAGAGGCGCGGCGAAUGGCUUAUUGUCCGUACAGCAAAUUUCAAGUAGGCGCAGCUAUACAAACGGGAGAUGGAUCAAUUUAUACCGGUUGCAACAUCGAAAACGGUGCAUAUCCGGCGGGAAUUUGCGCCGAACGCACUGCUGCUUCCAAGGCGGUUAGCGAUGGGAAGCGCGAUUUCGUUGCCUGCGCAGUGGUGGCACAGCAAGAGAGCGGAUUCACCACUCCAUGUGGAGUAUGUCGGCAAUUCCUAGCUGAAUUUGCUAUGCAAAGAGAUUUCCCACUAUAUUGUGCCAAACCAGCUUGUCCGCCGCUACAUGUUCUAGUCACAAGUAUUCGUGAUCUCUUGCCUCGCAGCUUUUCUUUCCUAGGAAAUAAAUAAAUUGAUUACGAGUAAUAAUUGUAAACAACAAAUAUUGUUAAACAGCUACCUUUGGAUGAACUAUUAUAAUGCAUGUACUAUAUUUUUCAAUAUAUCAAUGAAUUUAUUAAAUUA